UCGCACGCAGAGUCUCUGUAGAAAAAGGGACAUGUCGGAGUGUGGCAGGGCCGCAGAACCUCGCGUCUAGACGGGGUCCGGACACCCUCUCGGAAAUGGGCAGCGGCGCCCUGAGAGCAAGGAGACGGAUUUGAAGUGCGUAGCUACGACCUGGGCCCGACGCGGUGCUUCGAGACGGUCGCAUGUCGGAGUUAUUUAGUGUUUAAGAAUGUGGGAGAUGGUGGCGUUGCCGAGAGCGAGCUCUCCCUUCCUGUCGUCCAGGACAAGAUGGCAGCAGUGCAGGCGAACUGUGCAUGGUGUGGAUUUAUAAGUCCAUAACAUGUUCAGAGAAGCCCUGGAUGAUAUUUAUAGUGACUCUAUGUGAAGGUAUGGCCUCACAAGUCUUGGUCUACCCACCACACAUUUAUCAAACCCAGACAAGUGCCUUUAGCAGUGUGAAGAAACUCAAAGUUGAGCCCAGCAGCUGUGUGUACCAUGAGAGGGCACACCCGCAGACUUAUCUGAACAGCAGAAACCUUGGCAUCGUGCACCCAACAAAACAAGCCCACUUGUUUGUGAACCGAGACUUUGCAGUGGGUGUGAAAAUACGUGGAGGACGCGAGUACCCGGUGCAGACAGUGGUGGUGCGUGGGGUACAAAGACAGCAGCCCAGUAAAAGAGGAGGAGGUCCAGCUGCGGCUCGGCAGCGGCAGGACGCAGGGGUUGUCAACUUGCAAGGCAAGGGGCAGCAGCAGGAGCAGGAGCAGCAGCAGCAGCAGCAGCAGCAGCAGCAGGCAGACGCAGCAAGUGGGGGCAGCAGUGGAGCCACAGGAGCAGGAGGGGGAAGGGGAGAGGGCUGCAGUGGAGGAGGCGAGGGAGGUGGAGAGGAGGAGGGUGACAGAGAAGAGAACUGUGGAGGUUUGAACUCAGCUGACAGCUCGCAGCGAUGUGGACUGAAACGUAAAAGUGAGGAACUGGAUAAUCGAGGGAGCACCAUGCAGAUUGUGGAAGAACUGUCAAUGUUGCCCGCCAUGUUGCAAACGACGAAUGUGGGGAACGCAGCCGUGACCGCGCCUGCAGGUGUGGUGGCUGGAGGGGGCCCCUCCAAACAGGUUGCAGGCCAAGGAGGUGUUGGUGCAGCGGGAGGAGCAGGAGGAGGAGAUGGGGACUAUCAGGUGGUACAUCAUGAAGUCCUGUGUUCCAUGAAGAAUACUUACGAAGUGCUGGAUUUCUUGGGACGUGGCACAUUCGGCCAGGUUGUAAAGUGCUGGAAAAGGGGCACGGGGGAGGUUGUGGCUGUGAAGAUUCUGAAGAACCACCCUUCAUACGCACGACAGGGUCAAAUCGAAGUCGGCAUCCUUGCUCGUCUGAGUGGGGAGAAUGCAGAUGAGCACAAUCUGGUGCGAGCCUUUGAAUGCUUCCAGCACCGCAGUCACACCUGCCUGGUGUUUGAGAUGCUCGAGCAGAACCUUUAUGAUUUCCUGAAGCAGAAUAAGUUCAGCCCCCUGUCCCUGAAAGUGAUCAGACCUGUGUUACAGCAGGUAGCUACAGCUCUUAAAAAGCUGAAGAGCAUGGGUCUAAUUCAUGCAGACCUCAAGCCAGAGAACAUAAUGCUGGUGGACCCAGUGAGGCAACCCUACAGAGUGAAGGUGAUCGAUUUUGGCUCCGCAAGUCACGUGUCCAAAGCGGUGUGCUCCACGUACCUCCAGUCUCGGUACUAUAGGGCUCCAGAGAUUAUUUUGGGAUUGCCGUUUUGUGAAGCCAUAGACAUGUGGUCGCUGGGCUGUGUGAUCGCUGAACUUUUUCUGGGCUGGCCCCUCUACCCCGGGGCCCUGGAGUAUGACCAGAUUCGCUACAUUUCUCAGACACAAGGUUUGCCAGGAGAACACUUAUUGAACACGGGGACAAAGACGGCACGGUUCUUUCGCAGAGAGGCUGACUCACCGUAUGCAGCAUGGAGACUAAAGUCAACAGACGAGCACGAGAAAGAGACAGGAAUGAAAUCAAAGGAAGCAAGGAAGUACAUCUUCAGCUAUUUGGAUGACAUAGCGCACGUGAACUUGGUGAUGAAUCUGGAAGGUAGUGACUUGUUGGCAGAGAAGGCAGACCGUUUGGAGUUUGUGGGCCUGCUGAAGAAGAUGCUGUAUAUUGACGCGGAGGAGAGGAUAGCCCCUGCCGAGGCUCUCAACCACCCCUUUGUGACAAUGCAACACCUGUUUGACUUUCCCCACAGCAACCAUGUUAAGUCAUGUUUCCACAUCAUGGAUGUUUGCUGGACUCGUCCCAGUGCGUACGAGAUGGCCAACAGAAAUAAGGGUCCGUUUGUCAGACCUGUGACCACAACGGCUGCCGCCUCAGUAAACCAUCCCUUCAGCAAGAUGAGCGGUGUCCAUGCACAAGGGUUAGCUCCAUCAGCCCCCUCAGUGAUGCACCCUGGGAUAGCACUGCAGACAGGAAGUGGUCAGUUUGGAUGCAACGAGUCAUAUCAGCAGGCCCUCAUUCUGUGUCCCCCAUCCAUUCAAGGAAUCCCCACCAACGUGGCUAAAACAGCAGGCUACUCUGUCCGAAUGGAGACUUCUGUGCCUCUGGUCACUCAGGCACCCCCCAUCCAGCCCAUACAAAUCAGACCUGGAGUCAUCACGCAGGCCUGGUCCAACCGUGCACAGCAGAUCUUGGUGCCCACUUGGCAGCAGGUGACAUCAGUGCCCCCAACACAGACCACGUUGCCAUCCGACACUGUGGGCUCUCAGAGAUUGGGUGACUGGGGGAAAGUGCAUCCCCAUGGUAACCAUUACAGCUCCAUGAUUGCACACCCUCAGCCGUUCUUAACCAACCAAAUGACCAUGUCCACGCACCAGCCAAUCAACAUAGGCAUUGCACAUGUGGUGUGGCCGCAGCCGACUGCCAACAAGAGAUCCAAGCCUUGUAUGAACAGGGGCAGCAACUUCUCCCAAAACACAAACAUCCAAAAUUUAGCAUGCCAGUCCCCAAAGAUGGCUGAUACAGCAAAGAAUGUGGUGGAGGUAGAGGAGGAGAAAGCCAGAUGCCCUGAGGAAAGGCAUGUUGUUAACAGAGAGGAGCAAAGAUCACAGCAGGUGGACGAGGAUGACGAGAACUGCUGUAAAGUGGAGCGAGUGGACUGCGAAGAGCUGUCAGUUUCACAGGAGCAGCGGCAGGCCAUGGUGAUCUCUGAGCUUGCCAGCCCGACUGUCAGUGUCAUCAGUAUCAGCAGCGACGAGGAGGAGAGCGCACAAGGACACUCGAUGGGCGAAUGUAAGGGAAGUGCAGAUUGUGAGGCGUGUCAGAGCACUGUCAGUAUGGAGAGAGUGUGCUCCCUCAGCAGUCCAGACAGCACGCUCAGCACCAGCUCUUCAGCCUCAGCCCAGUCCAGCAGCUCACCUUGCAAACACCCCAACAGUAUGUCAGAUGACGAGCAGGAGAGCGGUUGUGACACAGUGGACAGCUCGCCUGCCUCCGAUGCCUCGGGCCAUAGCAACAGUCCGUUCACAGAGCAGCGCUACAUGGCCGACAGCAACCAGAACUGCGAGCCCCGUGUGGCCUGCGUUGCCCCAGAGACGGAGCCUGGAAAGCCAACAGUUCGAACUGUUGUGGUGCCGCCGAUGAGGGUGCAAAACAACAACAACGCUGGUGUCAGCGAAAUGCAUGGCAACACAGUCUUAGAGUCUUCGUGCCAGUACAGAUGGCGAGGCAUUCCCGGGCGACAGCAUCACCACACCACCCCCCUCCUCAACAGGCCGCAGAAGAUGAACCCUGCAUUCCAGCCCCAGCAACACCAGCCUAUAGGUUUUGGGCAGGUGCAGCAUUUCAGUUCCUGCCACCAGGAGUGGAACGGCAACUUUGCCCACCGCAGACCACAGGCCUAUAUCCCCCCUACCAUGCAUGGGCACACAUUCACCCUGUCCCACAGCAGUCCCAACCACACUACGGGCCCCCACCCCCACCUCGGGGGCCACCCCCACCCCCAGCCCACCUUACUGUCCUAUCCCCCGUCUGGUACUCUGGUCACAGCUGCGCCUGUGGCACACCUCCUGGCUUCCCCAGGAUCCUCUCGCCCCUGCCUCCAGCCCACCUACAGCAUCUCCCACCCGGCAGGCAUCAUGCAUCAGGUCACAAUGGGCAUCAACCCCCGGCUGUUACCCUCCCCCACCUUGCACCACCAGGGCCAAUUCAAGCCCCUCUUUCCCCCGCACUCCUAUAUCGCCUCGCCCGCCUACACCAGUUUCCCUCUCAGCCCCACCAAAAUAAACCAGUACCCUUACAUCUGAGCAUGUUUGCCCAGGUACCCUUCAUGCCACCUGAGGGCUAAGAUAGCAGGGUGAAUUCUAUCUUUAAACCACAAACAGCAUGGUUCCUUUUUAGUUUUUUUCCAGAAACCAUGGCACAACCACAGAGAAAGCAAGCUAUUUUUUGAAUCAUGUAGACUUGGGUGUAAUUGAACUUCAAGCUUUAAAAUAUAAAGUUCCAAUAGUGGAGAUGAUUUGGGCAAGAAAUUAGAAGGAAAUAAUGUGUGAAUGAUUGAAUGAAAGUAUGGAUUGAUAGUUAAACUCACACUUAAUGUGUUUUGCACAUUUGAUAUAUCUUUGCAUUGGAUCUUCUACAAAUACUCCCCAAAACAGGUAAAUAAUUGGGGUGAUGUUGAAUAGUUAGACUUUGCACCCCUGAUCCCAGCUAUUUUUCUAUAUUGCCUUCUUACAUGUGCAAGACACAUUCAUAUUUGUAAAGCCAUCCCAGUCUCUAGCUCUAGAUUGACAGAUGCACAUGUUGUCCACCGUGUAUGUCGUACAGCGUUUGAAGUAUUUGUACCUUUUCGGUGUCUUUCGGUGUUAGCAAUGUCAAGUCAGUUAACCAAUUUAAAUAGGGUCGUUCCUCACGCUGCAUGUGGUCUUGCAUGAGCAAAAUUGUAAACGGAAAGAUGCAUAGACGUUGCUCUUAUUGUUUGUGUCACAAGACUCGCUGCAUUGUAUAACUGUCCCCAGCCAUAGUGCCUUACAUAUUUGAGGUUGUUCAUGUUACUACUUAUAUAUGACUAUAUACAUGAUUAUUAAUGUACUGGACUGCAGCACUUGAAAUUCCAAUCAGUCGAUGCAUUCUAUGUGUGAGUAUAUAUAUGCACCUGUGUAUAUUUCCAUGCAUAGCCUGCAUGGAUGUGAUGUAUCGCGGAUUGCGGUGCUUCUUUUUCGGAGUCGGUGUAAUAUUUCAGUGUGUAGUGAGUAACCUUUUUGUUCUCUCAAGAAGAACGGCAUGCUUUGCUGUUGCGAAUGCUUGCUGUUUCAUUAAAAAACCUUCUUUUCCGUUCUCCCCUUUCCCGAAUGAACUAGUGUACAAAGUGCAAGUACUGAGUAUUGCUUAAUAUUUGAUAAUCACUUUCUAUUUAGUGAAACUCUUAUUACUAACAGUAUUUGUACUGUUUGAUGAAACUGCAAUACAAUCUAAAUAGUCAUUAAUUAUUUUUCUUUUUUUUCUUUUUCGUCUACAUACUUUUCAUUUGUGUGUGUUUUCACUUUGUUUCUUAGAUGUUUAGAAGUGUGGUGGGCAUGGCUUUGAUUAGGUAAGGGGGAAAAAAUGCAAAGAAAUGGUGUGGAAUUUUCUAAGCCUGAACAAACCAUGCAGUAUUUGAUAUACACACAUAUAUGGACAUAUAUUAUAGAGCUAGACUAUUUAGUACAGAUGCUUGAUAAGGUGUGAGUUAUUUGUGUGCAAUUCUCUCAUUUAUGCAUGUGUGACAAAGUUAACUUUUUCCCUUUACAUUAUACCAUUUGUUAAAGGCUUGAGGCUUAUCAGUGUCUACUGCUUAUUUUUCUACAUUCCGUCAGGGAGGAUAUAAACAUAUAUUUAUGAUGGUAGCACCAUCUAAUAUAUAUGUGGAUAUGCUAUGUGUGCGUUUUUUUUGUUCAUUUUACUAGUUACGUGUGUAAUUUGUUUUUGUCUUUAAUUUUCAAAUGAAGUUGCUUGUGCAGCACCAAAGACUGUAAUUAAUUUCCUGAGCAAGGUAGCUAUUCUGUUUGCAUAGACCUCAGUUAUACUGUAGUCGUAGAAUGGGGUUAAAUUAAAACAAACAAACAAAAAAAUAUGUAUUUGUAUUUAAACUGGCCGAGAUUUUGUCUAGCUUAUUGGGCAAUUAAUAAGUCGUAUCAUUUCUUUCUUGAAUGUAUCAUAGAUAAGCUGCUAUAUGAUGAUUGCCACUUCAAUAGCUGUGAAAUUAGGUGAUUUCUGAGUUUAAACCUAGCGUUGCUAUUUUUGUAUAGGUCCCUAAUUAUCUGAAAUAGAAGUGGUUUUGAUUUUUUGUCUUUUGCGUUCAUAUUUGGAGUGUCAUUGUAACUACUGUAUUGCUGAUGAUGAACAUUAGUUGCAUUCGUUGUUUCUCGGGGUGUGUGUUUUUUGCAUCAGUAUUUUAUCCUUAUUAACCUUUUGGGCUCAUCACUGCAUAUAAAUGAUGUAUCGAUGUAACUUAAUUUUUUUUGUAUGUUUUCAUAUUGAUGUUUUGUACACAUCUGAAGCUGUAGCUUGCAGGAUUGAUUUAACUUUCUCAUUGUACGUAUAUCAUAUACUACCAGUACUCUUUAGGUGUUAUACAGGAGCACUGUGAGAUGCCAGAAAAAAUGAAAAACCAUUGUUUUGAUUUGAAAAAAGCUUCUGUAAAGUUUCCAACGAUCACACAACAAACACUCUGCCACUAAGCAAUCAUACAGGUAGUUAGGCUUGUAAGGGUUUGGCUGAUUAGACUUAAAGUCCAAAAGAGAACUUAGCCCAAUGAUUCUGUUCCAAAAAGAACGUUUCACAACUCGCUUUACCGUUAAAUUGAUUUCAACAAAUACUUAUUGUUACCUCUCUUUUUUUUUUUAUCUGUUCAAUGUUAUAUCUGGCUAGAAAAUCUCUUUUCACAAUUUGUUCUUCUAAACUGCCUUGUGUUCGGAUCGCUCUCCCCUUUACGAGUGUCUCAUAUCAAAACUGUGGCCAUCGCUCCGUGUUCCUUACUGAAAUGAGACAGUGUGAGCAGCACUGUGUAUGUGCCUUGAGAUUCAGAAAGUGAGAAUUGGAGACGGUGAUUCCUCAACGCUUAAUUGGAGGCAGAAAACAUGAGUCCAAUUACAGUCUGUUAUCAUGUAGACAGUCCUUUUUAGCGGCCACUCAACCAGGAAUUAAACACACACACACACACACACACACGCAUAUGAAAUAGGACUUUAUCACAGUGUCGGUCCAGGGACUUGUUCUCCUCUGAUCAGCUUGUAGACACGACAGAGGACAUGGACACAGCGGCGGCGCUGCUGGUUCUCUUGUUACAGAUUAGCGCCGCCACUGAAGUCUCUGUGAUAACCCACCAGUAAAACACACACACACACUUACACACACCCAACCUCUUUGAAUGAUAUUACACUCAACGAUCUUUGGAUAGUCACUCUGGCUGAACAGCAGAUGCAAUACUUUUACAUUGUGCGGUAAUUGCACCACCAAGUGUUCUUAGAUAAUCUCCAUGCUUUACAUAACCGUGCAUGUACACCUGAGUUGCUUCACUUUGUCUGCCUAGAAGAAGCCGUGCGCUCCGAGCAGCGGUUCCACCGAGCGAAGUCGAGGCCGAGCGGGAAGCAACCGAGACAGCGCCGGCUUUGUUUCCUGGAUGUUUGUGUGUCCUGGAAGGAAACCGCUCUGUCAAGGAGAUGGUUGCGGUUUCUCUGCACAGUCAGUCAUGAGUGCAAUACUCCCCACUUCAAACACUGACAUUAAUGUGGUUGUAUGAUUUAUUUGAUGGUUUUUAAAUUUCUAACCCGUUUUGCUUUACUGAUCAUACUCCAGUAUCACGUUGGGAAAGAAACGCUUAUGACGACAAGGCAUGAACUUGGCAGAUUAGUGCUUGAAAUAGUUCCCCAAUAAUAAGCAUGUGAAAUGUAAUCUGUGUUUUGAUUCCUCCAAAGGUAUUCACCAGCAAUGCGCCUGCAUAAACUCUCCGAUACUUGUUUAGGAAAGUGGAAUUGAUGCAAGAGAAGAGAAAUCUGUAAAACUGUUUUAUUUCUCACACGAUUGACACCUUUUUGUUUGGAUUGUUUUUUCUUCAUUUUGAGGAUUUAUGUAACAUUUAAGAGAUAAAACAGAAAUGUGUAACAUUACUUUAAAAGUUAUCAGUAAAAACAAAUCCUCUGCUGCGGUAUUAUCCUUUUUGAGACGUAAAUUCAGGGUCUGUAUUAUUCUGAACGUGCUACUGUGUUACUCUUUUGAUUUGAUUGGAUCAGGUUUGUUUUUAUUUUCAGUUUUCUGGUCAUCUUAUCAAUUUCAGAGUUAAUUCACACUGCAAGUUAUGGAAUCGUCUGCUCAUCAAUUUGAUUAUAAAAUCGGAACUGUUACUGUUUAAUAUCUGUAGUUUUUUUUGUGGCUUUUCUUUAGUUUCUUCGUUUAUUUUGUUUGUUUCAUUGGCUUCUUUAUUUUGUGCUACACUAGUUUGCCAUGUAGCAAUUGCACUGUGCAAUAUUUACAGUAUGAGGACUGGGAAACUAACUCUAUGGAUGUGAUGUCUCUUUACAGUUUGCGAUAGUGUUUCCUCUCUAGUUCUCAGUGAUUUAGGUGUGACCAAGCCUUCUCUACUUUGUCACAUUAAGCGGGUUUUCCAGGUGACUCUUUUGGUGAGUGUCAAAAUAAGACUUUAUGGUGUAUUAUUGUUAAGAUUCACUUUGAAUUAAAAAAAAUCUAUUGAUGCAGA